AUGGCUGAAAGUGGAUCACAAAGCCUAAAAAAUGAAAGACCAGAAAUAGCCGUAACUGAUACCGAGGACGAUAGAGAAAGUCUUUGCCCCCCUCCUUCAGGACCAUCAACUAGGUCCACGUCCAAAAGAAAAACACCGGUAACCAAACCCGAAUUAGAGCUCUCAAUCCUACUAAAAUUUAUUAAGCCCUAUGAUGGCCGAAGAGAUACAUUAAACUCAUUUAUAAUUAAUUGUAGGGGGAAGUCCCGUAACGCCGGACGGCACCUAGCGCCGGACACUCGUACUAUUUAA